AGAUUAAUGGAAAGCAUCACAAGACCCGCCCGCGAUUGAGACAUGACGGUUAUUGUAUUUACUGCACAUUCUGGAUGACACUUUUGCUCACAACACGAAAAUAUCGACUAUUUUGUCCCUGCGAAUUGUGACGAAUAAACACGAAUGAGAAGAGGGAUUUACGUUGAACUCCGUGAGUCCAGUCUAGUGGAAGAAGGAUGGAGACUCUGAUUCCAACCAUCAACCGUCUGCAGGAGGUUUUCCUCACAGUGGGUGCAGAGAUCAUUCAGCUUCCUCAGAUCGUAGUGGUUGGUUCACAGAGCAGCGGCAAGAGCUCCGUGUUGGAGAGCCUGGUGGGGCGUGAUUUCUUGCCUCGAGGAUCAGGGAUAGUCACCAGACGACCGCUGGUGUUGCAGCUUGUCAACAUAGCCCCACUGGAGGAGCGACUAAAGAUUGAGAAUGGAAAUGAAGUUAAACAAACUGGCCAAAACAGCUAUCCAGGUGUCAAAGCUGAAGAAUGGGGCACAUUCCUGCACUGCAAGAAUCAGAUUUUUACAGAUUUUGGGGAAAUUCGUCGUGAAAUUGAAGCAGAGACCGAAAGGGCCUCGGGCAAUAACAAGGGGAUUGCUCCUGAGCCCAUACAUUUGAAGAUUUUCUCCCCCAAAGUCCUUAAUCUCACCCUUGUUGAUUUACCUGGGAUUACUAAGGUUCCUGUUGGAGAUCAGCCCGAGGACAUCGAGUCUCAAGUGCAAGAGAUGAUCUUGUCCUUCAUCUCCAAUCCCAACUCCCUCAUCCUGGCUGUCUCCCCAGCCAACUCCGACUUGGCCACCUCUGAUGCUUUGAAAUUGGCUCGAGAGGUCGAUACAGAUGGUCGACGGACUCUGCUGGUGGUCAGCAAGCUGGAUUUGAUGGAUGCAGGGACAGAUGCUCUGGAGGUCCUUCUUGGUCGGGUCAUUCCAGUCAGGCUUGGUAUCAUUGGGGUGGUUAACAGGAGCCAGCAUGACAUCAACACUCAGAAGAGCCUGGAGGACUCCAUGAAAGAUGAGCAGGCCUUCUUGCAGCGUCACUACCCCUCGCUCGCCUCCCGUGCCGGCUCACGCUAUCUGGCCAAAACACUCAGCAGACUGCUCAUGCACCACAUCAGGGACUGCUUGCCGGAACUCAAGACCCGCGUGACGGUGCUCAGCGCCCAGUACCAGGCGCGCCUCAACAGCUAUGGCCAACCGGUGGAGGACCACAGCGCUACCCUGCUGCAGAUUGUCACCAAGUUCGCUAGCGAUUACUGCAACACCAUCGAGGGAACAGCUCGUUACAUUCAGACCUCUGAGCUCUGUGGUGGAGCCCGGAUCUGUUACAUAUUCCACGAAACCUUCGGCCGCACGUUGCAGUCCAUAGAUCCAUUAGGAGGACUGACAGAGCUUGAUAUCCUCACUGCCAUCCGCAAUGCUACCGGUCCAAGACCUGCACUUUUUGUGCCAGAGGUUUCUUUUGAGCUGCUGGUGAAACGUCAAAUCAAGCGUCUGGAGGAGCCUAGUCUACGUUGCGUCGAGCUGGUCCAUGAAGAGCUGCAGAGGAUCAUUCAGCACUGCUCGUCAUUUAGCACGCAGGAGCUUCUUAGAUUCCCCAAACUGCACGAUUCCAUUGUGGAAGUGGUGACUGGAUUACUGAGGAAGCGCUUGCCAAUUGCCAAUGAAAUGGUGCACAAUUUAGUAGCAAUAGAGCUUGCCUACAUCAACACAAAGCAUCCAGACUUCACAGAUGCAGCCCAGGUGUCUGCAUCUGUCAACAGCCAGCAGGCGGAGACCCUUGAUGGAACGAAGCGCUGGAAGAAUGAGAAGGUUGCUGAGGAGAAAGCCCCAGCUGCGGGCUUUGGCAGUCCCAGCAAAGGCCAGCCUAUUAACCUCCUUGACACAGCGGUGCCCGUGUCUCGCAAGCUGAGUGCAAAGGAGCAAAGAGACUGUGAAGUCAUCCAGCGCCUCAUCAAGUGUUACUUCCUCAUUGUUCGCAAGACUAUCCAAGACAAGUCUGCACAUUCAGGCAAAGGCUUUGUUUCUCUUUCUGUCAUCAUACUGAUUGUCUCGUCUUGUGUGUGCAGCGUACCCAAGACCGUCAUGCACUUCCUGGUGAACUUUGUGAAAGAGCAUCUCCAGAGUGAACUUGUAGGUCAGCUCUACAAGCAGCCGCUACUGCAGGAGCUGCUCAUUGAGUCGCAAGACACGGCACAGCAGAGGACAGAGGUGGCUCAAAUGCUGGAGGCCCUUAAAAAAGCCAAUAACAUCAUCUCUGAGAUCAGAGAGACACACUUAUGGUAGCUAGAGGACACACACCGUCUUUUUCCCAGAUAUAAGAUGAUUGUGUGUGUGUGUGUGUGUGUGUGUGUGUGUCAGAGGCACCACUUUCUCCUGGACCAACGAGCAUAGCACAUUAGCUCCACCGUUGCCCUGAGCCGGGCUUCUCACUCAGGCCACAUGAUAUCAAUGUGAACCACAACCUGUGAACAAAGUCUUUUUGUGUGGUUUUGUCAUGUUACGAGUCACUGGCAUGUGGAAUAUGUAUGUUUGGUAUGUUCCCUGCCUGUCCUACCGGCCCAUUUAGCAGGUGGAUAGUAUGUGUUUUAUUUAGAUGCACUCCAGUUUGAAAGCCCAUCGUUGCAUCCCUAUUUGCAGAAAUCAUACUGAUGUUGUGCAAUAUUCAUUCCAAAAAUGUUUACGGUAGUUGAGGUUAUAUUGGGAGGCACAUGCUGCUUGUUAGUGCUGUGGCAGAUGUCAAUUUUGUUCAAGGACCCUAUUGAUUUUGAAAGAUGUCCAAGUCCAAUCCCCCCCCAGAUAACCUGUUUGGAAUCCUGCUUGUGGAAUAGCUGCAAUUUCUACUAACGCUCAAAAUUUAGCGUUAUGUCAGAGCAAGAAGCCAAUUGAUUUUGUACAGUAAUAUCGAGUAGAUCCGACUUUCAACAGCCUUGAAGAACCCUGUUUAUUUAUGAGAUAUUUUCUACCAAGUGAAUUGAGGUCGCUGAGGUUGUAAUUGACAUAUCAGAGCAAGGGUGCUAUUGAUUUUGGAAAGUAUUAGAGAUUUAUGAGGCAGCUGAAAUGGAAGGCUCAGUCCCCAAAACUGAUCAUUUUAUAUGUUUGAGCAGAGGAACUGUUGAUUUUGUACCAUUGAUUCAGGUAGCUGAGGUCAUAGAACUGCAUUGAUUUAAUUGUAUAUCUAGUGGCCAUUGUUUUAGGGCAGAGCCAGAACCCUAUUGGUUUUGUGCGAUAUGUGAUAUCAAAAUGCUUGAAGGUCAAAGGUCAGAAAUGUUGUGCUGCUGUCUACUCUGUGCGGUUUUCACACUGUAAGAGCACGAGCUCUAGUUUUAUUUUAUAGCAGCUGAAGUCAUAGGUCAAAUCAGGAGAUCACGCUUUUUGGUAGAAGUGGCUUAGACUGAGGUGGGUGAGACCAAAUGUCAAAGCUCCUUGUCAGACGUGCAAUUUUCAUUGUCAUAGCAAGAACAUUAUUGUUUUUUUUUCAUCACAGCUCUGGUUAAAGGCACAUACUUUCCACGGCGUCAAAGCAAGAGUCCUACUGAUUUUGAAGUAUGUCUAAUUCCAAAUGAAGUCGCCAGAUCUAAGUUUGUGUUGUGUACAUGUUGUACCUCCCUGGGCCAGGUGUGUAGCAACAAUCCUAGGUCAGGUCGCGGGGCCAGCAUCAUCCUAGGAAACAAUGAUACAACACGUAUUCAUGUUAAGAAAUAGUCUAGACAUAUUGAGUUAUAUGAGGAAUAAAAUAAUAUCCUCAUGAAACCCCUUUCAGACAGCUUUAAAGUGUGCAGAUGUCCUGCUUGUUCCAUCUUUGCACUCAGUACUUAGUCCGCUCCUUUACCCCCAUAUUCCUAGACGACUGACGGCUAGAUUUGUGAAAUAAGCAUGGGCCAAAACUGCUGUUCGGACAUAUUCUAAGCGGCUAGUGUAGUGUUGGGGCCAUACUGGAAACAGUUGUUGUGAUAAAUUUGUAAUUUUAACCAUCCAAAAUUCCCAUUUAUGUUUGCAAUAUUUUGUCUUUAUUGCUAUAAAAUUAACAACAAAAAUAAUAUAUUGGUAUUCUUGUAAUUCUGUGUCUCAUACCACGUAGUGUCAGUUUGGCCCUAAUACUCCUUGGUACAUUAAUUAAUUAUUAUUAUUUAGUAAUAAUAAAUACCUUUCACCAUCUAACAUCCUCCUGUUUUCAAAAUCAGGGAGCAAAACAUUGUGAACAAGCUGUGUAUGUUUGCAUGUGUUUAAUAUGCAUAUAUGGAAGUAUGAAUGUGUGUAUUUUGUAUUAUUUAAGUGUAAAUUAUUCCUAUAUCAUAAUGUAUGGACUGCCUGUGAGUUCUUGCCUGCCAAUAUUUGUGAUAAAUGUUAUACUGUUGGAGGACAUUAAAGCUAAAA